AUGGCGAAAAUACGAUAUCAUUUAUUACGGCCCAUUAAGCGGGGCCAAAACGAAUAUGGCCUGGGACAAUUGCACAUCAAAUGCCUUCUGGCCAUGGCAAUUGUGCUCUUGCUCUUUGUGUACUACAAAUGGUCAACGGAAACCACGAUCAAUCUAACCAUCGAAUCAACCAUCAAUCUACCCAUUCACUCAAUUAUUCCGCCCACGGAAAUUUCGACAAUUCAAACGGAUGCUCCUCAGGAAAUUGUGUUAAAUUCGUCAAUAUCUCAGUAUUUUGUUUAUACUGAAAAUUGUCGUAUGCCUGCUGUGAAUCCUUUUACGAGUGAUGUCCUCAAAAUAUUCCAUAAGACGGCAUACAAAAAGUGCGACAUCAGCAAGGAUUUGAUCACAGUAAACUAUGACGAAAGUAAAGGCAACUACAGUCUGCACAUCAACAGAGCGAACAUCAGAUGCUGCUACAAGCCGAUCUUAAGAGCGGGAGAUCGCACACAAGCCGAUAAUCUAUAUAAAUUAUUGCGUUGCAGCAAUUUUAAGCAGGAUUUUGUGGUGCCCAAGCAUAUUAAUGCCAUCAUCACCGAGUGUCGUUGGUUGAGAGGUCGUACCAUCUUGCAGCAGGAUGCCUUUAGUUUUGUGCACCCAAAACCUAAAGCAACACCGAAGCCAACAGCUAAAGCAACAGUUGCAGAGGAGGAAGAAAGGCGACCAAGUGUCUUAUUGUGGGGCAUUGAUUCCAUGUCUCGUAUGAAUUUCGAGCGCACCAUGCCGCAAAUGUUCAAGUAUCUGAGGGAGGAGAAUUGGUUCGAGUUGCAGGGCUACAACAAGAUGGGUGACAACACAUUUCCCAAUCUGAUGGCCGUCUUGACAGGUUUCAACAACACGCGAUCGCAGCAAGUUUGUCGACCCAAGGAAGUGGGCGGCAUGGAUGCGUGUCCCAUGCUCUGGAAGGCGUACAAGAAAAAGGGUUACAUGACAGCUUAUGCUGAGGAUUGGAGUCUUUAUGCCACAUUCAAUCAUUUGCUCAGCGGCUUUCGUGUGCCGCCCACAGAUUAUUAUGCGCGUCCUUUUAUAUUGGCUAUUGAUAAGGAGUUGAAAAAGGAAUAUGAAAUGGGAAUCCCGUACUGCGUUGGACGUCGUCAUUCUGCUGAGUAUGUCUAUGAUGCUGCUGUGCAGUUUAAUAGAGUGUACAGAAAUCAAACGACCUUUGGCAUGUUCUGGACGAACUCCUUUAGCCACAACGACUUCGCGUUGCCCACGUCGAUGGAUGCGAGGCUGUUCGAAUAUAUGAGAGCCUUGAAGCAAAGUGGCACCUUUGAAAAUUCCAUCGUUGUAUUCUUCAGCGAUCAUGGCAUGCGUUUUGGUGACUUGCGAAAUCUGGCAAAUGGGUUUCUGGAGGAACGCAUGCCUGUGCUUUAUAUCUGGCUACCAAUUUGGUUCAGGGAGAAAUAUCCCCAAUUCACACUUGGUUUGCAGCGAAAUAAAAAUCGCUUAACGUCGCCUUAUGAUAUCUAUGCCACACUGAGGCACAUACUGGAGUUGGAGACGCCACAAGAGAAACUCCCUUUGCCCGAAGGUUGUCCCAAGUGCCACAGCGUGUUCUUUGAGGCAGCUGCCUCGCGAAGUUGCAAAGAUGUGGCCAUCGAUCCGCAUUGGUGCACUUGCCAGGACUACGAAAAGAUUGCUGUGGAUGAGCCGACGGCUGUGCAGAUUGCUAAGCAGCUAGUGAAGGCCACAAAUGAUUACUUGAUUGCCCAGAACUUGACCGAGUUGUGUGAGACAUUGCGGCUGACGAAUAUUCAAUCCGUUCUGCGGGACAAGAAUUUGGAUACGGCAAAAACGGAAUUUUAUUUGAUCAGAUACGAGGCAGAGCCGGCAGAGUGUUUGUUUGAGGCAUCAACGACGUGGAAUAAUGCGACUAAUCGCAUUGCAGUUACAGUGCCUGAAAUCAGUCGUCUUACAGCAUACAGUCAGGUCUCUGAGUGUGUCAAGGAUGCGAUCGCCAAGAAGUUCUGCAUCUGCUCAAACUAAACGAUAACGAAUAUCGUUCGCAAUUAGGACAGAUCAACCCUCAAGGGAGGCGUACCGCAAUUGCCACAAAACUGCAUCUGCAGUCCACUUUAGUAUCUGUAUCUUGUUGUGGCAGCAUUGUUUCGCUGCAGUUUCGCUUAUCAGUCAGCUGAGAUCUGAGUGUUUCUGCAAAAACCAAUUGUGAGUCAGGGCAGGGAUUGUGCACAAAUUAGUUGACAAUUAUAUGACAAUUGCAAGCGAUCUAAUUGCUGCAAUAUCGUGAUGAAUGUGGACUCUAUGAGUGGGCCAUAAUUGCCUCCAGCAAACAGAAGAAUUGCACACAAUCUUAUCACUUAAGGCUACAAUUCUA